AUGGGCAACUCCCAUGGCAAGGAGUCCGGCCCAUCCGACAACGCUUAUGCCGGCCGCCGCCGGUCGGUCGCUGGGUACCCCUCCCACCUCAACGCCGAUCAGGACGGUGACCGGCGCAACCGUGUCAGCCGCGGUGACUUGAGUCUCCUAGGCCUGCCUGGCCCCUCGGGUUCCCGCGACCGGAAUCGAAACCGUGAGGAUGCUCCAUUUGAACACAAGGAGACGAGGGCGGAACGAGAGGCGAGGAAGCUCGAACGCGAACGCGCAAUCCGCCUACAGGAGCGUGAAUAUAGCAUCAAGGAAGAGCACGUCGAUGGUGGCUAUUUGGUCACCCUCGGCACCUACACCGGCCCCGAGGACUUCAACAAGCAGGUGGUCCGACAGCUUCAGCUUGAGAGGAAACUCGCUCCGUUCUGGCGUGGUCUUAAUGACUGGUCCGAAAACUGGACUGAGCACCAGCUCAUCGCUGCCGCCCGUGGCCUUCCCAUACCUGCCGCCGACGAGACACCUGACCCGGAUCUGGUCCCGAGACCCCCUCCCCCCCAGAAUGAUGGCUCACAGAACUUGCACAGCUUGACGGUUCCCAUGGGGCCCAGAACACUCUCGGCUGCAUCCGAUAGGAGCGGGUCUGGUGCCCAGUCGCCGUCGACAUCAGCGGCCCCCGCCAAGAUGUCGCCGCUCAAGGCUGGGGGUAGAGCGAAGGCCAUUGCAGCCGCCCUUAGCUACGGAUCUCGCAACGGCUCCUCGAGCGAACUCAUCCCAAAGGAAGUCAAGCUGCCGCACGAUCCCUUUGUCAACGGCCAACCUCUCGAAGUCUACCUGUACAAGAAUGCCUCCGAAUGUCCCAUUUGUUUCCUCUCCUAUCCCCCCUAUCUUAAUAAGACGCGGUGCUGCGACCAGCCCAUCUGCAGCGAAUGCUUUGUACAGAUCAAACGUUCCGACCCUCACAUCCCAGAACAUCACCCUGAUGGGCAGGCCCGAGACCCCAACGAAGGCCUUGGUCCCGACGACCCACCUGAGAUGCUCAUUUCGGAGCCCGCCGCCUGCCCUUACUGCCAGCAACCCGAAUUUGGCGUUACCUACGAUCCUCCCCCCUUCCGUCGCGGACUCGGCUACUCUGGCUCAAUGUCCAGCCUUGUAUCCUCGCCAGCCAUGUCAUCGCAGAGCUCGCUUCAUUCCGGAACGCCAAACUCACCAAAUGUUCCGGGGCGUAGAAGGGGACAUAGUCUCUCCGCGACUGCACCCAACGUCGUCGCUACCGACCGCGUUCGACCCGACUGGGCAUCAAAACUGGCAGCGGCCAGGGCACACCAGGCGCGUAGAUCGGCCGCGGCCACGGCGCUUCACACCGCAGCUUUCCUCAUGGGCGACAACGAGCAGCGCUCCAUCCUACGGCCGGGGCGAUUCGGCAGACGCAACGCUGGCCGCGAUCAGCGGUCAGAUGGACCUGGCGAGGCGCGCUCCAUCCAGGCUGACGAAGCCGCCUCGGGCUCCACUGAAAUUUCCGGACAGGUGCAACCUCGUGGCGGCAGGGGCUCGCGACGUCACCGCGUCGAGGAUCUAGAAGAUAUGAUGUUCAUGGAAGCUGUGCGACUGUCUCUCGCGAGCGAAGAGGAGCGCAAGCGCAAAGAGGAAAAGGCAAUGCGCAAGGAAUCUAGGAAGAGGGAGAAGGAAGAGAAAAAGGCUGCCAAGAAGCAGGGAACGCAUCCCUACGGUGGAAGCGGAGGUGGCAGCUCCAGCAGUUUAUCCCUGCCGGGAUUCGGACGGAGGCGAGGCAAUAGCACUACCAGCAACCUCAGGAUGGAAGCCACGGUGCAGGGGGCCUCGAACGUGCCCAUGAGCGAUGCAUCUUCGCCGACGACGGAGAACAACGACCCGUCUAAGUCAGAGGACAACAUCCUCGGCAGCAAGGGCAAGGGCGUCGACCGCGGUCCGUCCCCGGACCAGUCAACAACAGCCGGCGAGGGUAGCUCGGUAGGUGGCUCGCUUCCCGUCCCAAGCGCUGGCCGCAGCGGAUCGCAUCUACGCCAGAUCAGCAACGCGUCAUCGGUUGGAUCUUCCGGAGCCGACAGCCCCUCUGGAUCGACACCAGGACUCCAGGCCCUUGACCCCAGGGCCAGCGGCACCAGCAUCGCCGGUGCGAGUGACGAUGGGGACCGCGACGCUAACAGUGAACCCAUGUUCAACUUUCAUAGCCUGGCCGAGAUUGUGGGUGUCAACAUUGAAGACGGGUCCGUCAGGCGCCAGGAUGAGAGCGGUAACACGGCAACCAUGCCUACAUCUGGCCCCCUUCCCCAGGUAGUCGAGGAUGAGAAGGAGGAGGCAGAGGCUGAACACGUCGAGGAGUCUAAAACGGCAGAGCCGGCGACUACUGAGGCCACGAUCGCGACAGAAAGCCAAAAGGGCCGGGAGGGCGAGGCAGAUGAGGACAUUACUGCAGACAAAAAUAUGGGCCACCCGAGUAUCACGGAGCGGACAACAGGAAAUGCCACUCAUUGA